ACCUACAACGCUCCGGAGUGGAGGGGAUGGACGACAGUAUUCAUGGUUUUCAUGAAUGCACGAAGCACGUGCUCCUGUUUUCUUUGUUAUUUUGAAGCAUAACCUCUUUUUAAUAGUUAAACAAUUGAAAAUCUUUUAGUAAAUAUAAAUAUUUACAAAAAUGCCAAAAGUACGAUCAAGCAAAACUUCUCGGGUGCACACCGAAGUUGCAAAGCAAGGUAUUCUUUUCUCCAAGGAUUUCGGACAACAUAUUUUGAAGAAUCCACUGAUCGUACAAAGUAUGGUAGAAAAAGCAGCUCUAAGGCCGACAGAUGUAGUAUUGGAAAUAGGUCCUGGUACUGGAAACAUGACUGUUAAAAUGUUAGAAAAGUGCAAGAAAGUCAUAGCUUGCGAAGUAGAUCCAAGGAUGGUGGCAGAGCUCCAGAAACGUGUUCAAGGAACACAUUUAAAUGCAAAACUGACUAUCAUGGUUGGAGAUGUCCUUAAGACAGAAUUACCAUUUUUUGACCUCUGCGUUGCCAACGUACCAUACCAAAUUUCAUCGCCGCUAGUUUUCAAACUGCUUUUGCACAGACCGCUAUUUAGAUGUGCAGUGCUCAUGUUCCAGAGAGAAUUUGCAGAGCGACUAGUAGCCAAAGCAGGAGAAAAAAAUUAUUGCAGAUUGAGUUUAAACACGCAAGUAUUAGCGAGGGUUGACAUGUUGAUGAAAGUUGGAAAGAACAAUUUCAGACCACCUCCGAAGGUUGAGUCUUCCGUUGUUCGAAUCGAGCCACGCAAUCCACCAUUGCCAAUAAAUUAUCACGAAUGGGAUGGUCUGACCCGAAUUGCUUUUGGAAGAAAAAAUAAAACUCUUGGUGCCUCCUUCAAACAAACGACUGUUAUAUCGAUGCUAGAAAAAAAUUACAAGCUCCAUUGUAGUUUAAAUAACACUCCCGUAGUAGAAGGAUUCGAUAUGAAAACGACUGUAAACAACAUUCUGGCUAAAGCCGGAGCCGAAAAUCAGCGUGCUCGCACGAUGGACAUGGACGAUUUCAUAAGAUUAUUGCACGCGUUCAAUUCUGAGGGAAUCCAUUUUGCGUGAAGAGCGUUGUAAGUCAUUCAACGUCCGUUGCAAAAUGUCUACAAAUGUACAUAAUUAUCGAUUUAUACGUUGCUCGUAAUAAAAAUAUUUUUAUUCUCUUCGGAUACGUGAUCUGAAA